CACACACACACACACACACACAGAGGCUUUGUAUGGAUACUCCUUUGUCAGUGAACUUGGAACUGAAAAUAAUAAGGGCUAGAAACAUUGAUCUGAAAUCAUGUGCAGAGUUAUUUGUGAGAUGCUACCUCUAUGCAGGAAGCAACAAAACAAGAGUAAGAAUAGACACUGAAAAAAUCUCAUCAAAAUCCGAUUUAACUUGGAACCACACCUUCUCUCUCAACUGCACCGGCACUAGAGAAACCGUCAAAUCUCUCGAAAACGGAACCAUCACUUUCGAGCUCCGCCGCAGAAUAUCUACACCGCCGCUCAUCGGAAGAAUGAUGGCCGGCUCGAAACUGGUGGCCAGAGCGGACAUGCAGUGGAACGACGGCGUCGGAGAGAAGGGAUUGGAGAUCGAGAAGUGGAUGGUGAUGGUCCCGGAGAAGAGCGGACGGCGGGUGUGUGACGACGCCGUCAAACCGCCGGCGGUGCUAAUCGCGGCGGAAGUUAAGGAGAGAGAAGUGAAGAGGAGUAGUGAGAGAAAGUGUGGUGAUUGUAAUGACUAUUGUGUUGGUUGUGAGUUUUUUGCUAUUGGAGCUGCUUUAGAAACCUUUUAA